AUGCAGCCGAGAGGCCCGUGGUAUUUCUGGAGAAGUUGCGGAGACCCAGAGCUCAGCAAAGGGGACGCAACAGCUAUUGAGACAGAACUGUUGAGAGACUACAAGUUUGGACAACAGCAGCUGAUAGAGCUUUGGGGACAAGCAUCUGCUCUUGCCAUCACUAAGGCCUAUCCACUGAGUUCUCUAUCAAAGAAGCAGCCCACAGUGCUGGUGAUCUGUGGUCCAGAUCAAAAUGGCUCCAUUGGCCUGGUGUGUGCCCGACAUCUUCGCAUAUUCGAUUAUGAGCCCACCAUCUAUCACCCAAAACGCUCCUCUUACAGUCUGCAUCAGGAUUUCACAAUUCAGUGUGAGAAGAUGGAUAUCCCUUUCCUCUCAUAUCUCCCUACAGAGGUGCAGCUUAUAAAUGAUGCCUACAACCUAGUGAUUGAUGCCAUGCUGGGCCUUGAGACAGACUCAUCCAACAUCAAGGAGCCAUUUUCUGGCAUUCUGGUCACCCUGAAGCAAAUCAAGAUUCCUAUAGUCAGUGUGGAUGUGCCCUCAGGUUGGGAUGCAGAUGAACCAAGUCAGGAUGGAAUAAACCCAGAAGUUCUCAUUUCACUCAUGGCACCAAAGAAGUGUGCACAAAACUUCUCUGGGAAGCAUUUCUUGGCUGGACGCUUCCUGCCCUAUGACAUUCAGAAAAAGUAUGAUCUUAAUCUCCCAGACUACGCUGGCACGGACUGUCUCCUGGAACUGUAACACAUGUAAACACAAAGAGUUGGUGUGACCACUCUUUCCUUGGUUGCAUUUUAUAGGUUGUUACUGUAAUUUAAUGUUAACAUCUCAGUUGUUUAGAUCCAAAAUGCACAUUAACCAAAUGUGUUGUUGCGCUACCGUAAAAGGAUGAUACUUAGACCCAUGGCUUUGAGUCGCGUCUGUUUAGGUAAUGGCAGGAGGCGUUUGCUGUCAGUCGAUGUGUAAAAGCUGUAGCAGAACACUGUUUUCUAAUUUCCAGAACAAGAAAUGAAAAAAAAAGUUUUCUAUCAUCACAGUUACUGGAUUUUCUUUUCUAAAAACCUAAGCUUUUAUGUUCUCACAUAUACGUUCUGUGGACCUUUUUCCCUGAGUGUGCUGCUAAAAUAACGUGGUGUAGGUUGGCAUUUUAAAUAAAUAUUUUUUUUUCUUUUAUUGUUCAUCAUUCAUUUUGAAACUUGCCAUUUCAUUCUUUGACUUAUUGCCUUUGCUUUUACAAAAUGUUCAGAUAUUUCUUGUUCACCAUUAAAACAAUUGUGCAGUUUCUGGAA